AUGCCGUACAAUACUCGUCGCAAGUCACUGUCUCUGCCGUCCCUGGGUAUUCACGUCCCAGGUAGCCAUCCAUCCCGUAGCCCUGCUGUGGUCACCCCGAAUCGAACCGUUUCCGAGAACCCGGGAAGCCGCAUUACAAUCAUACCAGCGUCGUAUCCGAAUAAGAGACAGAAACGGUCCCUCGGGGAUGAUGGAACGCGGCACAGACAUGCAUCACACAAGCGCCCAGACGAACAGGUCAUGCUAGACCACACGCCGCCGCCAUCACCGCCCCCGGAAAAUAUUGAGAUGCAAGAUGCCACUAGCGACGGCUUGGCCUUGAAGCAAAUAGAUCUCGAUGGAGUCAACGACGAGGUUGUCGAGGCUGUCAUUAUCCAAUUACAGAUGACUUGUAAUCGUCCUCAUUUGGUCAGGGAACUGGCCACCGUCCUGUCGCAACAAGUUCCUAUUGUGAAGAACUCCGCGAAUCCUUGUGCCAUCAUCUCUUCCCGCCUCACCGCGUACCUGAAGCGCUCUUGCUGGAGGGCUCUGGCACCAUGCCCGCUGGGCAAGGAACAGGAGACGGUACAUCCGCGCCGGACAUAUUUCUACCUUACAACGAGUCCAAGAAAGCCCUUCCCGGACUCUCCUGCGUACAUCCAGAGGGCUGUCAUAUCCCCAUCGCUCUCAAGUAUCUCAUCAGGCUCUGAGGAUGGCGACGAUGCCGACCUUCGCCGCCGAGAAUUGAGCCCGUCUCCCGAGGUCGACUUGUCCUCUCACGAACUCGACGAAGGUGACGAUGACUUUGCCAUGCCCACUACACCGGUUGGAUCACUACCUAGUAGCCUCCGGUACUCGAGAAGCCACCGAAGUGCGUCGCCUCCCUUGGAAAAGGAUGAGCGCGAGUUUACACAGACAGCCGAUGGGCUCCAGAAGCGCAAGCUGGCCCGUGAGCUUUCGUUAACAGGCAGCGUUGAGCACUCUACCAAUGCCUAUGAAUCGGCACGGGACGAUGGCAUGUUUGACGAGAAACACGGCGCAGCAGUCGGCAACGGGACUAUUCCCACGCAUCAAUUCAUUACCAGCCCAGUUAUCAAGGCAUCGGUGCCUUCGAGCGCCCGAAAAGAGAACGAUGGCGAAAGCUGGUUCAAGUUGGGGAGCCUACUAGAGUGGGAUCAUUGCCCCGAGAACAUUGAACUCGAUGAGCUUGACUGUUUGCUGGACUCUUGUUGA